AUGUCGUCGACCAUUUGCCUCAACAAAAAGCCCGCCGAACUGGGAACCCCCAAGCCCGCGCGCACCCUCAAGCCCAAGUCCACCUCGAACGAGUGGGAUAAAACCUUCAUCACCAUCCUCAUCGCCCUCAUUGCGCUGAUGGUCCUCCUCCUGGUCUCUGGCGGAACCGUCUUCCAGUGCAGCGAUACCGUUUACACAGGCCAUGGCCACCAACUGUACAAGCCCACCAUCGUCGACCACAACGGCCAGGCUGCGUUGAAGAUUCCGGACCCCGCCUGCAAUGUGCAGUGUACCAAGCUGAGAUCCCCCGAUUCUUGGCUCAUCUGGGUGCUGGCUGUUUUCAUGAUGCUGGUGAUGGUUGUUCGUGUGCUUACCGGAUAACCUCGGG